UUGACUUUGCAUGAAAAGAUCACUUGUAAACUGCAUUUGUUAUUUUAUUAACUCACUUUAUUUGUUCUUCUUUCUAGGAUAGCCUACUCAAUAUGGCAUACCCAACAGAUUACUCUCUCAUAGCCAUACCACUCAUACCACAAUAAGGACAACAUUAGAGAAACAACAUGGACGGUGGGGGAAUACAGAACUUAUCCAUAAAUGGCAAUGCAUCAGACAUCCACCCUGUCACACACAGUCUAUGGGAGGUCAUAACCAUAGCAACUGUGUCGGCCAUCGUGAGCCUGAUUACGAUAGUGGGGAACGUCCUGGUGAUGCUGUCGUUUAAGGUAAACAGCCAGCUGAAGACAGUCAACAACUACUACCUGCUGAGUUUGGCUGUAGCUGACCUCAUUAUAGGUGUGUUCUCUAUGAACCUCUACACCUCCUACAUACUGAUGGGAUACUGGGCACUGGGGAGUGUGGCUUGUGACCUCUGGUUGGCUUUGGACUACGUGGCCAGUAAUGCGUCAGUGAUGAACCUGCUGGUAAUCAGUUUUGACCGGUACUUCUCCAUCACCAGACCCCUGACCUACAGAGCCAAGCGCACCCCCAAACGGGCUGGGGUCAUGAUAGGCAUGGCCUGGCUGGUGUCCCUCAUCCUGUGGGCCCCUCCCAUACUGUGCUGGCAGUAUUUUGUGGGGAAAAGGACAGUCCCUGAAAGGCAGUGUCAGAUCCAGUUCUUCUCGGAGCCAGUGAUAACAUUUGGGACAGCCAUUGCUGCGUUUUACAUCCCAGUGUCAAUCAUGACCAUCCUGUACUGUCGGAUCUACAAGGAGACGGAACGUCGCACCAAGGACCUCGCUGAGCUCCAGGGCAUCAACAGUUCCACAGACACUGGUGUCACCAAGCCCCAGAAAACCAUCAUUAGAUCCUGCUUCAACUGCAAGCAGCUCAGCUCUGCCUCCCGGGACAGAACCCAGGCCUCCUGGUCCUCCUCCAACAGGAGCAAUGCAGCCAAAUCAGCAGCAGCCACCAACGACGAGUGGUCCAAGACUGACCAGCUGACCACCUUCAACAGCUAUGCCUCCUCGGAGGACGAGGAGCGGCCCGUGUCCCCGGGGGCCUUUCAGCCCACCUGCCAGGAGUGUAGGCAGAGCACGGGUGCAGCGGGCUGUGAUAAAGAACAGCUCAGCAGUUAUGAGGAGAACAACUUCUUCCACACGCCACCAAAGACCAACUCCCAGAAGAGCAAGAAGUGUGUGUCCUACAAGUUUAAACCAGUUCCCAAAGACACUAGCAGCGGUGCCCAGCUAAGCAAGAAUGGGGACACUAACAUGGCCCCAUCAUCUUUCUCUUCAGCUGACUCUAUGAGUGCCCCACCCUCCACCUCCUCCUCCAAGCCAAUAGACACCACUCUGAAGAUCCAGCUGACCAAGAGGAAGAGGAUGGUGCUGAUUAAGGAGAGGAAGGCUGCCCAGACUCUCAGUGCUAUCCUGCUGGCCUUUAUCCUGACGUGGACACCAUACAACAUCAUGGUGCUCAUCUCCACCUUCUGCUCUGACUGCAUCCCUGUGUCUCUCUGGCACCUGGGCUACUGGCUGUGCUAUGUCAACAGUACAGUCAACCCAAUGUGCUACGCCCUCUGUAACAAGACCUUCCAGAAGACCUUCCGCAUGCUGCUGCUCUGUCAGUGGAAGAAGAAGAGAGUGGAAGAGAAACUUUACUGGUACGGGCAAAACCCUGUAGUGAGCAGCAAGCUAACAUGAGCCAUUCACACCUUCCUUUCAGAGGAACGAGUAUGAAGACUAUAUGACUCGAUAGAUGUUGAAAUAUUUCUGUCAGUAUUUGAGUUAUGUCUACACGUAGGGUGUGUCAAAAGUGCAAAGGUUAGAGACAAGACUCUAGUUUGUCAAUGGUAUUGUUCUUUAAUCAAUACCUUGAUCACUGCUCACAAGGAAUUCAGAAGUGUUUGAUAAUCUUGCCCCAAAUGCUGAUACUGUACACCAAUACAUAAUUGAACAUGUAAAUAUUAAAAAUAACCCAACAUGCACAAAAAAGUUAGAGAUAUUUAAUAGAAAAACAUGUUCUGAAUGUUUUCUAGGCAUUAUGUUAGACUACAUUGUGUUUAUUUUAAGGGCUAUCACAGUUCUUGACUUGAUUUCAGAGUGAGCCGGAUAACAAAUGAUUGUACACUCUGAUCAUCAAAGCCUUGUUCACAUGUACCAUUGACUUUUGUCAGAUACUAAUAA